AUGAAGUUUAUGCCAAAUCGCGACCUUGACACGGUCACCUCCGCGCUCAACUUUUCCACCCCGGAUCUCCAUGUCGUAGGGGGAUGCGACCUCUACACCACCAAGGCAGCCGGGGGAGACAAGAAACUAUACAAGAACAUUGAAAAUGGCCUCGAAGCGCAAUAUAAGUCGAAUCUCCAAUUCUCACAGUCGCUUUCCCCGCCCCAGGCGCACGUGGCGGCCUCGAGCCUGAAUCUGAGUCGAAGCAGUCCUUUUGGGAAUCUGGGAAUGAUCAGCUCGCGGAGGACCUAUGCAUAUCUCAUAGCCACACUGAACGCCAGUCACCCUCACUACGACUUUUCGCACGUCCUGCGGCCCACCGAUUUCAAACGAGAAAAGAGCCUACGGCACGUCAUGAACACCGUCGACACGACCAUGUACAAUCUCCGUUCACGGCCCGUCAAUACCUACCUGAGAGAUUCCGCCGGUCCUACCUCCACUCAGCCGCAAUGGGGCCCGGCAAUGUGGAGGCUGAUUGACCAACAAAUGAGUCUACGUGACUGCGCCGUAUAUCGCUACGCCCCGGAGGAUUUUGAUCCUUUUGAAGAUGACGAUGAAGGAUCGAUUUGGUCGAUGAACUAUUUCUUCUUCAACAAAGCGAGGAAGCGUGUUUGUUACCUGUACCUGCGAGGCAUUAGUGUUCUGGCAGUCCCUACCAUCGAUGCAUUGAGGACGCCUAUCAGGUCUAAGCGUUUUGCCGAUGAGGAGGUGGAUGGGUGGAUCACUCCCGACCUCGGCGCACACAAGCGAGCCAAAUACUGGCUUGGUGAUCGAGAUGAUGUCGAAAUCGCCGAGCACGACGACGAAGCAGAGGAAGAUGCCGAUAUGGCGGUGAUGUCGGUUGAGAAAGACGACAAGCCCAUGGGUGCUCCUGUUUCCGAGGGCAAGCAGCCAUCGAAAGACCGCGGAUUUCAAUCUGACGAGGAAGACUUCCCGCCACCCACGAGACCGGUUGUCGACGAGCAUGACAAUUACCUGCUUAGUGACGAAGAGGUACGAAGUUUGAGAAGCCAGAGCAAAAGCACGGCGCGGGGAGUGAGCGAAGAGGUGGUGGGACCUAUGGAAGUGUAA